GGGGGCGCGGUAGCGGCCGCCUUCCUGCUCCGGCCGAGGCAGCCCGGCGGCAGAGCGCGGUGAGGUGGAAAUACCUGCCCUCCUUGCCUAGUGGAGUCCAGCUGAGAGCUGUUGCGUUACUGCAGUGAAGAGCUUGGGAACAGCUGCUGAGAAAUGAAGUCUCCACCUCUUCUUGUGGCCUCACUCCUGGCAUGCAUCAUUGUUUUGGGUUUCAAUUACUGGAUUGCAAGCUCUCGCAGUUUGGAUCUACAGAGUCGGAUCAUGGAGUUGGAAGGCAAGGUCCGCAGGGCAGCAGCAGAGAGAGGUGCCGUGGAACUCAAGAAGAAUGAAUUCCAGGGAGAGCUGCAGAAGCAGCGAGAGCAAAUUGAUAAAAUACAGUCCUUGCAUAGCUUCCAGAUGGAAAAUGCCAACAGAGCACAUUGGGAAGAGAAGGCAGUGCUGAUGAAUAACAUCACAACAAAUGAACGAUUGAUCCAGAGUCUACAAGAACACUUGAAAGAGUUACAGACAGAGUAUGGAAAGCUGCAGCUGGAUGUUUACCGAUUUCAGAAAAACCAGACUAACCUUCAGAGAAAAUUCUCAUAUGACCUGUCACAGUGCAUCAACCAGAUGAAGGAAUUAAAAGAACAAUGUGAAGAAAGGAUAAAUGAGAUAUCAAAAAAAGACCGUAAUGUACCGCAGGUCAAAAAAAAUAAGGACUUCUUAGAAGAUUCAAAAAGAAGCACCCAGGCUGAUGGUCAGCUGUCAGUUCCUAAACAACCUGAGUUCAAGCAGACUGAUUUGGAACAGCAGAGAGCCAAUGAAGAUGUGCCAAAAGCAGUGCCUACAGUAAAAAGGACAGAUGUUCUGCAGCCUAAUGAAAGAGCAAACGGCCUUGCUGCCAUCAGAAAAGAGGACUCCAAAGCAGAAGAGGAGAAGCUCUCUGUUGAACUGAAACAUCCGCAGGGUUUGGAUAUGGCUGACACAGGCCGUAAGGAGAUGUCCCCUGAAUCAGAGAAAGAACUGAAUCCAGCUGAAGUUGGAAAAAACAUAGCUGAGCAAGAGGCACCACAGCUAGCUGCACAACAGAUUGCUGAGGAGGAGGUGGAGAGGGAGCAGCUCCUCAAUUAUGAUGUUAAGCAGGGUGACUCGCCUCCUGGACAGGCUGACCAACAACCACGUGAAGCAUUGAAUGAGGACAAAGAUGUUGACUACAAUUUAGAUGAGAAUGAAGCUGAAUCAGAAACAGACAAGCAAGCAGCACUUGCAGGCAUUGAAACUGUUCAAAAUUCUCAAGAAAAAAUAUGAAGAACCACUUGACCAAACUGGAACACAUCAGAGGCUGUGAACAAGGGAAAUUCAUGAUGCAUCUUAAUCAACUCUUCCUAUAAACACAGUAAUGACCAGAGCAGUGAUUUAAGAAUGUUUGAUUAUCUUUUCGAGGCUUUGAUAAAGGCUCAAAUGAAGUAGUUUGUUGUGAAGUCUUAGUACUGUUUCAGGGUGAAAAAAUUAUAUAUCUCAAGGCUUGUUUUAAGGCAGUGUGACCUCUGCAAUGAGACUUUUCUUCCUCCUGAUUAUAAAGUAAAAACCAGCUAACAAGCACUGUAGUAACUUUGAAGUCAGCUGACUUGUGCAGUCAUGCUACAAUAACAUUAUGCAUGGAUUGGUGGUAGGUUGGAAAGAGUCCUCUGGCAAAGAUGGAAUUUUCUCCUGACCAGUGCAGUAGAGAAAUCCUCACCCUAGUUUUCAGAGUGAGGAGCUAACUUACUUUGGCAAAACACAGGAAGCAUGAAAAAUGUCCUAUGCUGCAGUCUGCCCUCAUGCCAGUUCUGACACCAUUUUACUGCAGUGUGGGUGGACUUAGGAUGAUUGUAGUUCUCAGAUAUGACAUGGCAUUAUAUAUUUUCCUUUAUUUCAUAAAUGAAACUUCUAGCUUACAUAAUCUGUACCAGGAAUGAAUAGCUGUCUUGGUUUUAUUCCUAAGUUUUGCAUUAAAAAUAGAUUCUAGUAAUAGAAUAUUCUUAAGAGAUUAGCAGGAGUGUAUCCUGAAAGCCUUACUGGACGUCUCUUCACAAGAUUAGAAGUGCCACUAGCUUAUGCAGACAUCAGUCAGACUGACUCCUGAACUUGUGAUGUGACAAGCCUUCAGCAGGGGUGUGCUACUUCUGCCAUCCCUCUGCUGGAACAGUGUAUUUCACUGAAGAGUAGAAAGGAAAUGCCUGCCUUAUGUAUGGAACAGCAGAUUCAGCUGUCAAAAAAUGUCUUCUCUGCUGGACUUUUGAAGGAGGCGGACCAGGUUGUGCAUUUUAUCGCCCACAGUUGAAACAGUAGUUGAUGUGAAGUGCUGUGUCACACACCACUAUCGUGUUGUGGGUAUUCUGUAAUCUUUGGAUUUUCUGCAGCUUGUUGAACUAGUUCACUCUGAACUGCCAAAGUAAGUUAAGCCUAGAAUACCCAUGGCUGCCCCUGACACACCUUUUGACUUCAACUGUCACCUUUGUUGCUUCUAACCAACUGUUUUGAAGAUUGCAUUUGUGUCUGCUUUUAAGACCAGCCCCCAUGUUUGGAACAGUCUCCAUGAGUAUGAACCAACAGCCACAUUGAUAGUAUGGGAGAAGUCAGACACAAAUGACUUCCUAACCAACAGUUUCAUUUAAGAAUACAGACAUUUAUCAUGGCUUCCUCUUAAUGUACUUCAUACCAUAAGUUAUAGAUUAUCAUUCUUUAAUGUGUUAGUUAACUACUCCUGUAGCUUAAAAUGCCUAAAUGUGCAAAUAGAGGGCUGGUUUUUUUGUUUGUUUGUUUGUUGUUUGCUUGUCAUUCAGCAAAAGAAGCAGGAGCCAUCAAAUGGUGCCUGGUCCUCCUAAGUCCACAAAUGGUUCACUGACAGACUUGCCAAGUGUGACAUGAAUUGAGAGAAGAGCUACCCUCUGUUACUGAGUUACGGGUUACUGCGUAUUAUCACCAUGUAAGUCAGAUUUUACUGUGCUGACUAUUGCAGUCAGUAGUAACAGUGAAAGCAAAUAUUUUUAAGCAGUAGAGGAUAUAUGAGCAUUUCUUCUAAAUGACAGAUGUUGGAAAACUUGGGGAUAUUUCUGUGUUGCUGAUUCUUUAUCUUUUGUAAAACAUGGUAUGCUUUGGCAUCAGAAUGUUUACAUGUAUUCAGAGUAAAGUGAGCAUGAUCUUAGGACUUAAUCUGUAAACUGUUGUUUAGCUGAGACUAAGUUAAUCGGGAAUUUCUGAUUGCAGAACUGUACAUUUUAACACUAUGAAAUGUACAGUGAAAUGCUGUAUUCAAGUUGAACGAAAUACUUUAACUUGAAACUGCUAAAAUCCUGAAUAAAACCCACAGUUCUUUAAUGUAAUUAAUAUAUUGCCAGAGAAUUCUUUUAGAAUUAGAAUAGUCCAACUGCCUGACCACUUUAGGGCUAACAAAAAGUUAAAGCAUGAGGGCAUACCCAAAUGUCUCUUGAACACUGACAGAUACAGGGCAUCAACCUGUCUAGGAACACUGGCAGAGUCCAACCACUCUCAGGGUAAGGAAAUAGCUGGCAGCAUUUCUGUACAGUGCCUAAAACUGAGUAGGCUUCUUGGUAGCCAGCUAGGUGGCUUCCAGUAAACACGACCUCCUUUAUACAAAGCACAAUUGCUGUACCUCUUACAGUGGAAGGCUGAAAACCUGUGUAAAAGCAAUGUUCAUAGACAUAGCGGAAUAAUGCCCUACUCUCGGUGGCUUCAAGUGCUACAAGAAUGUACCUGGGAUCAUAAAUUUUUAAUAGACAAGGGACUGUUGUGUCUACUAUAUGGAACUUUAAAGGACUUGAUGUAGUUGAACAAAACAAGAUUCACUUGGAACUGUGGUUAACAAAAUGUUUAUCACCAGAUUUUUUACAUGCAUGAGGGUGGGGAAGCUGCUUGUCUGAUUUUUCUGGGCUUAAAUUAACACUUUUCCCCAUUGUUUUUUAAAAACAAAGUCUGGUCCAUUUAAGUACGCAUUUUAAAAUAAAAACAGUCUUCUCUAA